AUGAAUCAAUUGAAAGAAUUUCUGAGCAACCACCCGCACAUCCACCAUGCAGUCCCAGAUUCCCCGGAUUACGAGGACCUUCGAAUGGGGUUUCUGAUCAACGAAAGCAGAAAACCCGCAAUCAUCGUUCGACCUCGCUCGGCAGAGGAUGUGGCGGCGCUGGUCUCAAUAUUGACCCAGCAUUAUCUGCCCUUCGCAGUCAGGGUUGGGGGUCACGAUAUGUUUGGUCGAUCUCAAAUCACAGAUGGUGUCACGAUCGACCUGAGAGAGAUAUCUUACGUCAAGAUUGACAAGACCGCGCAAAUUGCACGAGUUGGAGGAGGGGUCAUCACCAUGGAUCUUCUGGAAAUGUUACAUGAGCACGAAGUGAUCACGCCAUAUGGCAACACUCCGUCAGUGGGAGUGACCGGCUGGGCGACUUUUGGAGGAUACGGCCUGUUAAGCUCCAAGUAUGGUCUUGGCGUGGAUCAAAUUGUGGGCGCGAAGAUCGUCGACGCCCAGGGUACGAUCCGCGAUGCCGACGAGACCAUGCUGACAGCCAUUCGAGGUGGUGGAGGGUGCAUCGGAGUCAUCGUGGAAUUGAUCGUGAAGGUGUACCCACAGGGCCAAAUAUUGGCUGGCGCCAUCUUCUACGAUUCGAAAGAUUUGGCCACUGAGAUCAAGCAGUUCAACGAGGCCUACACCAAAGCGACGAACGACGGGCUUCCCGCGUCAUUGCAUCUCUAUCAAGCCAUCAUCAACGGCCCCGGUGGCAAGUCUUUGGCGGUGCUAUUUAUGUGGGCUUCAUCCGAGUUGGAAGAAGGUCAAAAGUGGCUGUCCCGGGUCUCAUCCUGGUUACCGGUGGCAAUGAACACCGUCCAGCCCACCACGCAUAGAGACUUUGCCAAGUUUGCCAGUUCAAUGCUUCCUGCCAAGACAUACGGAACCAUAUUCACCGUCAAUUUGUUUGAAUUGACCCCGGAGGUUCUUGAAGUUAUCGGCAUUCAUGCGAAGAGACAACCCAACAACCCCGAAGUGCUAUUUGGCAUUCAUGAGCUUCGUGCCGACGCACCAAGAGAAUCUUCCGUGGAAACAGUGUACGAUAAUCGCCAGCCACACUUCUUGUUGGAAAUGAUCCCCAUGGGACCUUCUCUCGACAUCCUCGCCGAGGCCACGGCCUGGGCCAAGGCGUUCCGCGAUGACCUGCGCCGCACAGAGCCCUCGAACAUCGUGGCAUCGACGUAUAUUUCCUUGACAUCGCCCAAGGAGUCAGUGAUGGAAUCAAUUUAUGGCGUCAAAUACCAGAAGCUGAAGGAGAUCAAGGGGAUCUAUGAUUCUCGAAAUACCUUCAAGUCUGCGCUGCCCCAGUUUUAUUAG